AUGAAAACCGAUUAUCCUGAAUCAAACUCGAAUACAUACCAAUUAGAAGCCUUGAAUACGAUUUUACGAUAUCAAUCACAAGGACUUGAACAGCAGAAAGUGACCAAUUUUUCGACUCUAGCUUUCUUUCCCCGUUCACAGCACGAAAGAGAAUUAACAAAUGAACUAAACGUUGCUAUCACCAUGCCCGAUAGUCCUUUUAGCAUAUCUAGUUUCCGAACCGUGUCAA